AUGAAGUUUUUUUCUCUCUUCAAAAGCAAGAAAAACCCCUCAUUUUCUCCUAUGCUAUGUAGAUUGCCACGUUGUGGUAACCUUAGAACUCUCUCUAUUAGAGAUGAAAAUAAUCACAACAUUUUCAAUUCUCAAAGAUUUUGCAUUAAUGUUGAUGAUGAUAUAGUUGAUGAAGUUAUUGAAGGCCUAAAAUUUGAGAAAAAGAGGUUCUUUUUCGAGGCAGGUGAAAAAAGAAGUUCGAUUCUUGAUGUUUCUUAUGUUAUAACACAUAUAGAUUCGAUUGAUAUUUAUGGGGAAACAAGUACUAGGUCAAUUCUUAAAGGGUCAUCGUCAAGAUUGACAAAGAAUGAUAAUAGUACUAGUAAUAACAUGUUUGAGUCUCUACCAUUAAACGACUCGUGUGUUAUAACACCUAGUGCUAUGAGGGUAACCUCGAUAGAUCCUUAUGGAUAUAUCAAGAAACAUAUGAAAAUAAUGGUUGAAGAAAAUCAAGGGAUUAAAGAUUGGAAGGAGUCUCUUAAAGAGAUGUGUUUUUGGUAUUUGGAGAAUAAUUAUAAUGAUAAAAACAUUCAUAAGUUUAUUAUUGGUGCAUUUUGUGAUUUGUGGAUGAGCUAUUCAGGUACUUCAACAACAAAUACUCCAUUUGGAUUUAGUACUAGUGAACCUCCUAGUCCUUAUUUCAUGUCUUUGAUAGAAGCUAAGGCUGCAAAUUAUUGCAACGUCAACAUCCAGUGUAAUUUCAUAAGUAAGGAGUUCGGGUAG